AUGAAUGCGGCAGCAGACUUGUCUCGCCGUUCCUCCUCUGGAGCCCACCGCGGCUCGCCUCAGGCGAGACUCUCUGAGCGUCGCCGGUCUGGAGCUGCCAAUCUCCACGAAGCCUCCCAUUCUGACCCUACCGGCACCGAGUCUCCUCAGAAUAGACACAAUCGCUCCUCGUUUGGGAGUGCCUUCAGAACGCAUAGUCCUACCAGCAUUGCUGGAAGCCCUGUGAUUGCUACUGGAGACCCCCACCAUCAGCGUGCCCCUUCACUUGGCGAGCUGCACCAGGAGCUUGAGCAGGAGCAGGAAGCUCAAGUUAAUCGACUCUUGUUGAUGAUUCGCAACCAGCAAGCCCAGUUGCAGCAGCUUCAAUCACAGCAGCAGACCGCAGCAGGCGGCGGGACAGCCAUCGAUGACUCAACUCCCACCUCAGAGAGAUCAUUCUCCUUCCCACCUAUCCCACCGCUACCUGCUGCUAGCCAGCGAAUCCCUAUUCCUACUGGGUCUAACCUCUCUGCACGACGGGGCUCGAACGCUGCCAUGUCCCCGCUUACCUCCAUUCACCCUGCCGGGACCCAGGGAGAGACCGGCACUAGCGUGGGGAGCAAUGACUGGCUCCAACUCUCAGAGUCUAAUGGCCGUCGAGGCAGCAGAGAUGAAAGCUCUUACUACCAAGCUGAGACAGCUGCUUUGUCUAGAGAGAAUCAGAUGCUCAAGGUUCGCAUUAGGGAGUUAGAGCGACAAGUAGCCGAGUUGACUGCUAAUAAUAGCCAAUCAUCGCCACCAGCAACCCAGCCAAGUGAGAGUGCUCAGCCAACUCCUGCCGCGUCUGCUACUACCUCUGCCGCUACAACUGAUGCUGCUACUUAG